GAAAGAGAGACAUACGGACGGACUGCGAGGGCGAGAAGGCGGAGAAUAGUGGUAGAGAGACGUACACACAGACACGGAGAGAGAGAGAGAGAGAGAGAGAGAGAGAGAGAGAGAGAGAGAGAGAGAGAGAGAGAGAGAGAGAGAGAGAGAGAGAGAGAGAGAGAGAGAGAGAGAGAGAGAGCAGGCAGGGCUCCGGCAGUCGGUCGGUAUGUAGCAGCAGCGGAUUACAAAGAGGGAAAAACGCGCCUUGGAUAGAAAAUAUCUCCAGCGGGAUUAAAAAUAAAACCAGCCGAGGAUGAGACACACACCGUCCGCUUGAAGGAGAAUCAAAAACACGCCGUUAUUCCGCUUAUUUAUCACCGUUUUUUACGAAAAUGGCGAACGACUCUCCGGCCAAAAGUCUGGUGGAUAUAGACCUGGCAUCCCUGCGGGAUCCUGCUGGGAUUUUCGAGUUGGUGGAAGUAGUCGGAAAUGGCACCUAUGGACAAGUCUACAAGGGUCGACAUGUCAAGACGGGACAACUGGCGGCCAUCAAGGUCAUGGACGUCACCGAGGAUGAAGAGGAGGAAAUUAAGCUGGAAAUCAACAUGCUGAAGAAGUACUCCCACCACAGAAACAUCGCCACCUACUAUGGAGCUUUCAUCAAAAAAAGUCCACCAGGCCACGAUGACCAGCUAUGGCUGGUGAUGGAGUUCUGUGGCGCCGGUUCCAUCACAGACCUGGUGAAGAACACCAAAGGCAACUCGCUGAAGGAGGACUGGAUCGCCUACAUCUCCCGAGAGAUCCUCAGGGGAUUAGCUCACCUGCAUGCUCAUCACGUCAUCCACCGUGACAUCAAGGGACAAAACGUGCUGCUGACUGAAAACGCUGAGGUGAAACUGGUGGACUUUGGCGUGAGUGCUCAGCUGGACCGGACGGUAGGACGAAGGAACACCUUCAUCGGGACGCCCUAUUGGAUGGCUCCAGAGGUCAUUGCUUGUGAUGAAAACCCUGAUGCCACCUAUGACUACAGGAGUGACCUGUGGUCCUGUGGCAUCACAGCCAUAGAGAUGGCUGAGGGAGCUCCACCACUGUGUGACAUGCAUCCAAUGAGAGCCCUCUUCCUCAUUCCCAGAAACCCUCCUCCUCGACUCAAGUCCAAAAAAUGGUCAAAGAAGUUCUUCAGCUUCAUCGAGGGCUGCCUGGUGAAGAAUUACACUCAGCGCCCCCCCACCGAGCAGCUGCUGAAACACCCCUUCAUCCGGGACCAGCCCAACGAGAGGCAGGUCCGCAUCCAGCUCAAAGACCAUAUCGACCGAACCAAGAAGAAGAGGGGCGAGAAGGAUGAGACUGAGUAUGAAUACAGUGGCAGUGAAGAAGAGGAGGAAGAAGCAUCUGAGCAAGAAGGAGAACCAAGCUCCAUAGUCAACGUGCCGGGUGAGUCGACCUUGCGCCGUGACUUCAUCCGGCUACAGCAGGAGAACAAGGAGCGCUCGGAGGCCCUGCGCCGCCAGCAGCUCCUGCAGGAGCAGCAGCUCCGCGAGCAGGAGGAGUACAAGCGCCAGCUACUGGCGGAGAGGCAGAAACGUAUCGAGCAGCAGAAGGAGCAGAGGAGACGGCUGGAGGAGCAACAACGGCGUGAGCGUGAGAUGAGGAGGCAGCAGGAGCGCGAGCAGCGCCGGCGUGAGCAGGAGGAGAAGAGACGCAUCGAGGAGAUGGAGCGACGCCGAAAAGAGGAGGAAGAGCGCAGGAGGGCCGAGGAGGAAAAGAGGAGGGCCGACCGAGAACAGGAGUACAUCCGUCGGCAGUUGGAGGAGGAGCAGAGGCACCUGGAGAUCCUGCAGCAGCAGCUGCUCCAUGAACAGGCCAUGCUGCUGGAGUAUAAAUGGCGGGAGCUUGAGGAGCAGCGCCAAGCACAGAAGCUCCAGAGGCAGCUGCAGCAGGAGCAGGCCUACCUGCUGUCCCUCCAGCAAAACCAGAACCUGGACAGUAGCAAAACAGCCCAGCAACAGAGCACCAAACCCCCACAGAACCUUGAACCUGAUAGGGUAAAGCCCCCGCAGAGCCCUGGCCCGGAUACGACAAAACAACCACAGAGCACUGACUGUGAGAAGACACGGUCCAGUCAAAACCACAGUCUGGAGAAAACUACAGACACCAAGCUACCUGUCGCUGACCUCCAAGGCCCCGCCCCUGACUCUGAGUCAGUCAGAGAGGCUGAUGAGCGGUACCGGAAGAACAUCCAGGGUUCUCCUCAGUCAGCUCAGACCAAACCACAGCAGCCUCCGGUGCCGCCGCGCUCCGAGUCUUCCUACCCCAAUGGGAACUCGGCAUCCGAGGCACCCGCCAUGCACCGUCCCGUGGAACCACAGGUCCGUUCCCAUCUGGCUGCUUUAAAGAGCAGCGGCAGCGUGGCCUCAAACUCCUCUGCUGCCACCCCGCCCGUUGUGUCGCGGUCGCAUUCUUUCAGCGAGCCGCUCACCCCUAGCUUUGAAAAUCUUCACCUUCGCAACAGCCAGGAACCCCAUCAACACCACCACCCUCCAUCUUCAUCACCAUCCUCCUCAUCAUCAUCAUCAACGCCUGCACGCACUGACCCACAACCCCACCCCCAGCCCCAGCCUAGGCCCUUGCCCCAUGAACCGGCCCCUUCAGAGGAGGUCCCACCCAGGGUUCCUGUCAGGACUACAUCAAGGUCCCCGGUGUUGUCGAGGCGAGACUCGCCUCAUCACCACGGCAACGCCUCACACAGCAGCCAUGUUGUUCAUCGCAAUGCCGGCAGUGCAGCGGAGCCUCGGUUGCUGUGGGAGCGAGUGGAGAAACUGGUUCCCAGACCAACCAGUAACACUGGCAGCGGAGGCUCCAGUUCCUCCAGCAGCUCCAGUAACUCCAGCUCUCAGCCCAGUUCUCACUGCGGCUCUGGAGAGAGGUUCAGGGCCCGCUCAUCUUCCAAAUCGGAGGGCUCGCCCCUCCAACGGCCAGAGAAUGCUGGGAAAAAACCAGAGGAGAGGAGGGACUUGGUCAGGCCGAGCAGACCAGCGGACCUGACGGCUCUGGCCAAGGAGCUGCGUGCGGUGGACGACGUUCGCCCCCCAAAUAAAGUGACGGAUUACUCAUCCUCCAGUGAAGAGUCAGACACCACCGAUGAAGAUGACGACGAAGAGGUGGACCAGGAGGCAGGUGAAGAGUCGACCUCUGGCCCGGAGGACUCCAGAGCUGUUUCCUCCAGGUUGAGCAAUGGAGAGACGGAGUCGGUGAAAACCAUGAUUGUCCACGACGAAGGCGAGAGCGAUGCAGGCUCGACGCCCUGCAAAGACAGCACCCUGAUCGUCAGACAGAGUGCAGGUGACAACAGAAAGCGUCCGGGCCCCGGUCCGGGCCAAGCCCAGACCCCUGUCCUGCUUGCAGGCUUUCCCCCAAGCCCCGGCUCGGUGCCGGGCCCGGUUCUUGGCCACCACACCCCCAGCCCCCACCAUCAUCAUCAUCACCACCACCACCAUCCCACACAGCACACGGACAGGAACGGCUUUGCCGGCCGCAUCCAUCACCUCCCAGACUUGAUCCAGCAGAGCCACCAUUCCUCCCCCUCCUCCUCUGCAUCCAACUCCCCUUCCUCCUCCAGCCUUGCCAGCCCCUCCUCCAUGUCCCCCCAGAGUCCCCUGGACAAGCUCGGCAUCCUCACAGAGAGUCAGUCUAGUAACAACAUGCAGAAACACAAGUCUUCUUCCUCCUUCACUCCGUUCAUCGACCCACGCCUCCUCCAAGUCUCUCCAUCCACUGGCAGCGCCCUCAACAAUGUCGGCUAUGGCAAUGAUGCCCGGUUGGCAGAGGCGCUGAGGGCCGACCCAUCUCGCAAGGGCUCUGUGGUCAACGUUAACCCGGUCAACACUCGCCCUCAGAGCGACACGCCAGAGAUUCGCAAAUACAAGAAGAGGUUCAACUCUGAGAUCCUGUGUGCUGCUCUCUGGGGAGUGAACCUGUUGGUGGGAACAGAGAGCGGCCUGAUGCUGUUGGAUCGUAGCGGUCAGGGGAAGGUUUACCCUCUGAUCAACCGACGACGCUUCCAGCAGAUGGAUGUCCUGGAGGGACUCAAUGUUCUGGUUACUAUAUCAGGUAAGAAGAACAAGCUCCGUGUCUACUACCUGUCCUGGCUGAGAAACAAGAUCCUGCACAAUGACCCCGAGGUGGAGAAGAAACAGGGUUGGACCACUGUAGGAGACCUGGAGGGCUGCGUCCACUACAAAGUUGUGAAAUAUGAGAGGAUCAAAUUCUUGGUUCUGGCCCUGAAGAACUCGGUGGAGGUCUACGCCUGGGCGCCCAAGCCCUACCACAAGUUCAUGGCCUUCAAGUCUUUCGGUGACUUGGUACACAAACCCCUGCUGGUUGACCUGACCGUGGAGGAGGGUCAGAGGCUAAAGGUCAUCUAUGGCUCGUUCUCAGGCUUCCACGCUGUGGAUGUCGACUCUGGGGCCGUCUAUGACAUCUACCUGCCCACACACAUCCAAACCAGUAUCCAGUCUCACGCCAUCAUCAUCCUGCCCAACACCGACGGCAUCGAGCUGCUGGUGUGCUACGAGGAUGAGGGUGUCUACGUUAACACCUAUGGACGCAUCACCAAGGAUGUGGUUCUGCAGUGGGGGGAGAUGCCCACCUCAGUGGCCUACAUUCGCUCCAACCAGAUCAUGGGCUGGGGGGAGAAGGCCAUAGAGAUCCGCUCUGUGGAGACCGGCCACCUGGACGGUGUCUUCAUGCACAAGAGAGCACAGAGACUCAAGUUCCUCUGUGAAAGAAAUGACAAGGUGUUCUUCGCCUCCGUUCGGUCUGGAGGCUCCAGCCAGGUGUACUUUAUGACUCUGGGCCGAAGCAACCUGCUCAGCUGGUAGAGGUCCACACCCUGCCCUCUUCCUCCUCCUCCUCCUCAUCUUCCUCAUCGUCCUCCACCCUCGCUAACACUGGAUCUCAGAACCCACCGUCGACGACUCGUCAGCCCUUGGACAACCAAACGAGAACAAAAAAACAACCACCAACCAGCCCUUUGGAGCAGUCGACAACAACAGCUUCAGCUUCCUUUGCUGCAUCCAAGCUCCGGGGGGCCACCUGCCACAACCGGUCACGCGGUUAUCACCCCCUGAAAUACCUGAAGGGACGGCUUGCGUACAAAAUGAAAUCAGUGAUUAAUUAAUACAUGAAAGGAAGUAGAAAUAAAUUUAAUGUGAAUUCAAGAAAAGGGGGCAAACAACUUUUUGUUUCCCCUCUCCGUUUUCUUGGUGCUCAUCAGAUUGCGAUGGGAUAGAUUUUGUACCUCUGCAUCAUUUCCGUGCUCCUGGGCUGGUCAGUAAGCUUGAGGUCUUCUAACUACUAGUACUGCUACCACUCUUAUUACUACUACUGCUACUACCUUCUGCAGGUCUGCCUCUUGUCAGAGAGUUCCCCCUCUGCCCCAUGUUCUUGCCCCCUGCCCUCUCUUGUGAGCACUUCAUGGGGCCGGUGGGGUCGGAGUCUGUUGUUUUAAUGCUACAGUAGUGUGUGUAAAUGUACUUCUGUUUGGUCCAAUUACUGCUGACAUGCUGGUUAGAGGUUGAGACUUGUCAGCCAGGGGGAAACUGUAAAACCCAAGAGCUGGUGGGACAAGCAGGAGGGAGGGGCCUAAUGUUUGAGGAUUUACUGUAAGUCUGACUGAUGGGAUUCGACAGGACGGUGUGUGUGUGUGUGUGUGUGUGUCGUUGAAGUAUUGUGUUGUUCAGACAGGUGCUUUAAAAAAAGGGGGACGACAGAGAGAGAAAGAUGUUGAAGCAGAUGGAUUUCAGAAUAGUAUUUUUUGAAUUAUUACUAUUAUCAUUAUUAUUCCUUGAAGAUAAGUGUAACUAUGUGGAGUUAAACAUGUCUUUUACCUUGUUUUUUAAGAUUUACGCACAUCCACCCACACAGUUUGCUUGCUUUUACUCUGAACCCACAGAAGUGAGAGGUGUGUUUGUCUAAGAAGAAAGUGAUGUGGGUGUGGUCCAAAAAAUACAAUAAAUAAAAGGUGUCUAUGUACAAUAAAAGUUAAUUUAAGCUUCCGGAUAGUGUCAGUGGUCAUGUUUUUCCCCCACCAGUCAAACAUGACAACCUAAACUCAACUCGGGAAACUUGAACUGCUGUGAAUAGUCAAAUAUAAAAUGAGAAAAAAAAAAGGAAGAUAAUGAUAAUGGAGUGAAAAGGUAGAGGGGGAAGUUCAAUAAGUGUGUGUGCGUGUGCGGUCAGAGAGUUCGGUGUCAUCGACAAAUUGGAUUUUUGUGGCAGAGAGGUAAACGUACGGUCAGCAGGCUCGAUUCAGUAGUUUUUUUUCUGGAAAGCGGCUUUUCUAUCUUCCAUUUCGUUAUCUCAAAUCAUUUCAUUUUUCAUUUGUAUGAAUGCAAUGCACUAAGUGUCCAGAAUGUAGAAAGACUUAUUACUGUGUGGUGGUCUAAGGCAUGAGAUGAUGUUUUUGCUUUGUAUCUUGUCACAAGUGAUCAAUCCUAGAUGUUCAAUUUCGACUUAAAAGACGAUCGGAACCUUUUCCACAGCUGUGAGACUCUGAGGAAGCAAACGCCUUGAGUGCGUCAGAGCUGAGGAGGGUUUUCUGGCAUCGUGCGAGUCCGCUUCACGUACGUCAGGCACUCUUUCCAUCAAAUGAGGACACAAACCUCAACAAUUCAACACUCAGACUCUGGAUUUCAGUGUUACUGUGAUGAAGUGUCACAAAAUGGGCAACACGGGCUGUUUGUGAAGAAACUGAAGACGGAAACCCACUUUUUCGGGAAGGAAUUGUUUUCUCUCUUACGUGCUCUCCACUUCCUGCUCCAGCUGUUAUUUAAGUUGUCUGUAUAUGUGAAAGACUGAGCAGCAAACUGCAGCAUCGAUCUCCUUCAGGCCAUCUGCUGGACUGGAUUCUCCUCCGUUUCCACGACGACUGACAGAUUGCACAUUGUUCACUGAAAAAAAAAAUGGGGGAGGGGGAGGGAGAGUUUAACUUGUGCUCUGACUUCAUGUCCAAACAUGACAGGUCACAAACCAGUUUACCUUGGGUGUGUUUCUUUCCCCUGACGAUAACAACUACACACACGAGCAGUUUGACAAUCCCUCCCCUUGUACAGAGAAGCUGUAUGGACCCCAGUGCUGUGUCGUCUGAGGUCUGUGUGUGCAGUAGUACCCAGUGUGUGUCUCUUAUUGCAUCAAGGCCUUGAUGAGUGGCUGUUUUGACUUCAUGAAAAAAAUUGUGGUUAUUAUUAAUAUUCUUAAUGAGCUAAAAAAAAAGAAUAAAAAAAAAAAAGGUUGAGUUUUAAGUCUAUAUCUGAUGAGAAACAACCGUCGCUUGUCGACUCACAUUGGAAAAAGUGCCAAGACGGCAGCAUAUAAAACAUGUAAACAUAUUGUUAUGAAAACCACUACUUGGAAAUUCUUUUUUCUUUUUUUUUUUUUUAAAUCACUUGAAGAAUUGUGUAUUCUUAAGUUUUAGAGCUAGUCGAGAGGCUUAACUAUAGUUUCUGUUGUUUCUGUAAGUCUACGUACACGUAAAUAUGCGACUGCGGUGGUUUAAUAUUAUUCCGCUCACCUUAGGUGGAGAAAAUGUUUACAGGGGCAAUGUUUUGUUACACUAAUGUGCAUCACAGUAUUUAUGUUUAACGCAUAUGCGUCUUGGUUCUUUAAUUCUUUGGGUUUUUUUGUUUUUUUUUGCUUUUUGAGCCCGGUUUUUAUUGGAUAUUUUCUUCUUUUUUUUUCAUGUUCCCUACUUCACUAAAUCACCGACUUACAAAAACAAUAAAGAACACACAUGUUGUUCAUUUCAGGUAUUCACAUAGCGCUGCUUCAACGUGGAAACUUCGCAGUAACGUUCCCUGCAGGCUUGGACGUGAGGCGACGUAUUUUUCCUCUGCUGUUUCUGCCAUGCUAUUCUAACUUAUGUCCUCUCUGUGUAUGACAGGAAGUCAUGUAUUUUCCUGAAGGCUUUUUUCUUUGAAUAAACUUUAAAAGUAAUUUUAAAAGAAGAA